AUGAGCUCCAGCGUCGCCUCCAAGCGUCUCUUCCAAGAGUACAAGUCCUUGCUGACCAACCCCCCUGAUGGCAUCACUGCGGGGCCUGUCAAUGAGGACGACUUAUUUGUCUGGGAAGCUUUGAUUCAAGGGCCUGAGGGAACUCCAUUUGAGGGCGGCAUCUUUCCUGCAGAACUCAAGUUUCCUAAAGAUUAUCCUCUCAAUCCGCCUAAGAUGAAGUUUUUGGGAGAAAUAUGGCACCCUAAUGUCUACACAAAUGGCGAAGUGUGCAUAUCCAUCCUGCAUCCUCCCGGCGACGACCCAAACCACUAUGAGAGCGCUUCUGAAAGAUGGUCUCCGAUCCAGAGUGUGGAAAAGAUCUUGAUAUCUGUCAUGUCCAUGCUGGCCGAACCAAACGAUGAGAGUCCGGCCAACGUUGAAGCGGCAAAAAUGUGGAGAGAUCGACGGCAGGAUUUCGAAAAGCGAGUGCGAGAAGGCGUGAGACGGUCGCUGGGGUUAUGA